AUGGAUACCAGUACUUUACUGAGAGAGCAUACGUCAGGCAUUCAGUCAAUUCUCCUACAACUCGUAGAGACAGACACUCCUGCGGGGGUCUUGAUUCCACGGCGUAUUCAGGAGCUCAAUCGUCAACUUAUGAUCAUCGAAGAAUUGUUCAUGAACCAUGAUCUUUCUGGGGGGUCGUCUAGGUUUGCAUCGGAGUACCUGCUACAGUAUUUGACACCCUUAAAGAGAGACCCCGAGGGACUUAGAGCACUCAGAUCCAGAAUCAAUUUCAAUGAGGAACGUAAUAACUGGAUUGACCAACACGUAAAGAAUUUACGAAGUGCUUUCGAACCCAUGGUUACCAUUGGUCUCCCUACCCGGGAGAUGAGUGACAUACGCAUACAGCUUGAGUUCUUGAAGCAUUUGUUGAACUCAAUGAACAAAGGCAGCACCUUCGGACCAACCGCUCUCUCGCCUCACACCCCAACAGAAGCCUCACAGUCACCCUUUAUUCAAUCUUCGGAAGGCGCGAGGGAGCCACUUUUCCCAAACGCAGAUGGAGAUAUUGAAAGUUAUAGAAUGAACACGGAACAUUUCAAUGGUUAUGUGGUACACGAAGAAGAGCUGUCAAGCGGUUUUAGGAGGAAAUCAACUUGGGACUUGAAAGGGGAGAUUGAACGGGGGUCAGCAGGAGGUGUUUAUCUGCAACGGGAAUGUGAGAGGGGAACUUUGCGAGCUGUUAAAGCGGUUAUUCUCAUCAUAUCAGCACGUUUCCACGUACAUAUGCUAAAUUUUCUACUCCAGUACGACCAUCUUUUCGUCCAAUUCCUUGGUUGCGCCAAAAGCAUAGCGAUUCAAACCUUGGAGGGGCUCGAAGUCAUGUAUAGUAAGCAUAUAUAUCAUCGCGAUAUAAAGCCACAGAAUAUUCUAGUUGCAUGCCUUAAUCCUAUCUUAGUCAAAAUUACCGAUUUUGGGGUAUCGAAACAAGCGCUUGGAACCUUUUUGACCACUCGUUGUGGAACCGCACUAUACAGCGCACCCGAGACAAUCGGCAUUAUAUCCAGCGGCCUAAAUCAACCAAAGUUCCCCGAUUUUGUCUUAGAUAUAUGCCAUUCGGAAUACUGGACCGAUUUGGCCUCGUUGAUCCAGUACUGCCAGGACAAGCUGGAUUUCCCGACGCAGACUCUGAGGAGUUCAAAUAUACAAGACGAUGCGAUCGAAUUUGUAAAGGGGCUUCUCGCUGGGGGUCCGCAGGAUAGGCCGACGGCGAUCAGCACUUUGUCGAACCCAUGGUUGACCGGGGCAGAUGGAUGUCUUACGUUCCAGAAGAUAUCCGACUAA